AUGGGUAAAGAUAAAAACCACCAAAACGACGGACAUACCAAAAUCAGGAACGAUGACCCUAGCUCAAAAACAACACAAAACGCAACACAGAACACCCAAUUCCCGCAAUUCCUUGUGAUGACCUCCACACAGAGUGGUAAAACAACGGCCGCGUUGUCGCCACUUCUGUUGAGGAAGGGCAUCCAGGGAAUCGCAGGGGAUGUGAAAUCCGUUAAGCCAUUGGGAUCGGGCGAUCUCCUUAUAGAGGUUUAUCGCCAACAACAGGCGAUGAACCUACUCGGAACAACCAGUUUUGCCGGCAUCGGUGUCAGUGUGAAACCACACUCAUCACUUAAUUGCAGCAAGGGGGUAAUCAGGUGCCCAGCCUUGCGCAAUGACACCGAUGAAGACAUACUGGCAUAUUUCCAGGAGGAGAGCGUCCCGGUCUCUGAGGUGAGGCGGAUGGUGAUCAGGAGAAACAAUGAUACAAUCAAAACAAACACCUUCAUCAUCACUUUUUCAACGCCAACACUACCCCAAAUACUAACAAUCGGAUACCAGAGGUACAACGUUUCCGUCUACAUCCCAAAUCCAUUGCGAUGCCGAAACUGUCAGAAGUACGGUCAUCACGAAAAGCGAUGUAGACGAAAAUCGAUCUGCCAGUAUUGUGGCCGUGAGGGUCACACCGAGCAAAAUGACUGUGACAUCGCCAACCUGCGCUGUGUCAACUGUGAGGGGAAGCACGCUGCCUCUUCUCGCGACUGCCCUACCUGGAGCCAGGAGAGGGAGAUAUUACGGGUUAAAUAUACCCGAGGUGUCUCUUUCCCCGAGGCCAGGAGGAUAGUCGGGAGUGCAGACAUUGCUACACCCUCUUACGCACAAGUGACUCGAGGCAAGGCGCCGGUUGACAGUGUCACGGUCAAGGAUGCUUCGGUUCAAGUUUCUGAAGACAUACCUGCCUGGGGCUCACAAGUCCCAGACAUGACACUAGACGACAUAUAA